UUGAAGCCGAAAUGUGAAGUGGUUGGAACAAAGAAAAAAUGCAUCGAAUGAUGACGAGCUUUAUCAACCUCAAAAUAUGGCUUCUAAACUUGUUUAUCUUUUUCAAUAUCCUUUCCUUCUCUCAUGGAAGGCCUAAUCUCAAGCUUCCAGUAAAAGCAGUUAAUCUGGGUGGUUGGCUCGUUACUGAAGGUUGGAUGAAACCUUCUCUGUUUGAUGGAAUUCCAAAUAAAGACUUUUUGGAUGGAACUGGUCUUCAGUUCAAAUCUGUCACAACUGGGAAAUAUCUCUGUGCAGAGUCAGGAGGUGGAAAUAUCAUUGUUGCAAAUCGCACUUCUGCUUCCGGUUGGGAAACAUUUAGUUUGUGGAGGAUAAACGAGGAAACUUUCAGAUUCAGGGUGUUCAACAAACAAUUUGUGGGGCUAGAUGGGAUUAACGUUGUUGCUGUUUCCAAUAUUUCCAUUGAUUCGGAGACGUUUCACGUUGUUAAGGAAAGUGACAACUCAAGCCGUGUUCGAAUCAAAGCUUCCACCGGAUACUUCUUGCAGGCAAAGACAGAGGAGCUGGUGACUGCUGAUGUUCCAGAGGUCAGCGGAUGGAAAAAUGAUGAUCCAACCGUUUUUGUGAUGAGAAUCGCUGCAAGGAUGCAAGGUGAAUUCCAAGUCACAAAUGGUUAUGGCCCCACAAAGGCUCCCCAAGUUAUGAAGGAACACUGGAGCACUUUUGUAGUUGAAGAUGAUUUCAAGUUCAUAGCCAGCAAUGGAUUGAAUGCUGUUAGAAUUCCAAUUGGGUGGUGGAUAGCGAGUGGUCCAACUCCACCCCCACCUUAUGUUGGGGGUUCCUUGAACGCACUAGACAAUGCCUUUUUGUGGGCACAGAAAUAUGGAUUGAAAAUCAUCAUUGAUCUUCAUGCUGCACCCGGCUCUCAAAAUGGCUUCGAGCAUUCCUCUUCAAGAGAUGGUUCACUAGAAUGGGGAAGAACAGAUGAAACCAUUCAACAUACAGUUCAAGUUAUAGAUUUCCUAACCGCAAGGUAUGCAAAAAGCAUAAGCCUUUAUGCGGUUGAGCUACUAAAUGAGCCUCUCUCACCUGGCGUGACGGUAGAAAGCUUGGUUAAGUACUACAAGGCCGGUUAUGAUGCAGUGCGCAAGCACUCUUCCACAGCAUAUGUGGUGUUAUCAAAUAGGAUAGGACCCUCACAGCCUAGGGAACUCUUCCCUCUUGCAAAUGGCCUUAAGCUAUCUGUGAUUGAUGUUCAUUACUACAACCUCUUUCAAGAUAUAUUUAAUGACAUGACUGUUCAACAAAACAUUGAUUUCAUCAACAACAACCGCUCAUCACAAUUGAGUUCCAUUACAACCUCAAAUGGCCCUCUUAUUUUUAUUGGUGAAUGGGUUGCUGAGUGGGGAGUGAAGGGAGCUUCAAAAGAAGAAUACCAAAGAUUUGCAAAGGCUCAAUUAGAUGUUUAUGGGCGUGCAAACUUUGGGUGGGCUUAUUGGGCUUUCAAGAACGUCAACAACCACUGGAGUUUGGAGUGGAUGAUCAAGAAUGGUUAUAUCAAAUUGUAGAAUGCUUCCUCUUGAGGCUAGCACCCUGUCCCAAUAAUCUUUUGCCCAAAUGAUUGCUCCAU